AGUACUUGCCUCGACCUUUCUCAGUUUUGACCCGUCUAUCGCCUGCCUGAUUUUUGUUUGUUUCCGGGGAAAAGUCCUUUUCCCGCGAACCAUAGAGGAAACAUCUUCAAUUCUCUUCUUUAAUUUGUUGAAUUUGUUCUUCUGGAGCGUGUCCUUCGGUUAGCUAUUCUUUCUGUUGUUCCGGAUUCUUUGUCUCCUGCGCAGUCGGCGAGAAGUGGAUCUAAUUUAAUAUAGUUUUGUUAAGCAUCAAGAUCAAGCACUUCUUUUUUUCUUUUGAAUGAAGAUUGAGGACUUAAACGACUGAUUAAAGACCAAGUUAUAGAUUAUAAUGUCUUCACCCGGCAAGAUUGAUCAGAAGGCAACUCUUGAUGCUGCCUCAUGGAUGUUCAAUGUUGUCACAUCUGUUGGGAUAAUCAUUGUCAAUAAAGCAUUGAUGGCCACAUAUGGAUUCAGCUUUGCUACAACUUUAACGGGCCUACAUUUUGCCACAACCUCCUUGUUGACUUUUAUUCUUAAGCAACUUGGUUAUAUUCAAGAUUCUCAUUUACCAUUCCUCGACAUUCUAAAAUUUGUUAUAUUUGCGAACUUCUCCAUCGUGGGAAUGAAUGUGAGCUUAAUGUGGAAUUCUGUUGGGUUCUAUCAGAUCGCGAAGCUGAGUAUGAUCCCAGUAUCUUGUUUUCUAGAAGUUGUUUUGGAUAAGGUGCAAUACUCAAGGGACACAAAACUUAGCAUACUGUUAGUUCUACUUGGUGUUGGAGUUUGUACUGUCACUGAUGUUAGUGUCAACAUGAAAGGUUUUGUGGCUGCCAUCGUGGCAGUAUGGAGCACUUCCUUGCAGCAGUAUUAUGUACAUCAUCUCCAGCGAAAAUAUUCUCUUGGAUCCUUCAACUUAUUGGGUCAUACUGCACCAGUGCAGGCAGCUUCUUUGUUGUUAGUCGGGCCCUUUUCAGACUACUGGUUGACUGGAAAGAGAGUUGAUGCCUACAGAUAUACUUUUAUAUCCUUGUCGUUCUUAAUCCUUUCGUGUACCAUUGCGGUAGGGACCAAUCUCAGCCAGUUCAUAUGCAUUGGUCGGUUCACUGCUGUGACAUUCCAAGUGCUUGGCCAUAUGAAGACCAUUUUAGUCUUGACCCUAGGAUUCAUUUUCUUCGGGAAAGAGGGCCUCAACUUACAAGUAAUUAUAGGUAUGAUCAUUGCAAUUCUUGGAAUGAUAUGGUACGGCAAUGCCUCAUCUAAGCCAGGAGGGAAGGAGCGUCGUACUUUUUCCUCACCGAGCAGCAAAGCAUUAAAGCACACCGGAUCAGAAUCUUCUGACCCUGAUGAAAAGGUCUAGAGUUUGGUAGAAUUUUUAGUUUUUAUUUUUCCCCGCAAUAAUGUCCAUCGAAGAUAAAAUAAAAAAAAGGGAAAUGACAUAUAGAGAGAAAAAGAAACACUGGAUAUUUGACUUCAGCUGAUUCCAGGAGAUUCUUAACAGUAAUUGGCAGGUCCCUCACUGAUUUUAGUCCAUUAUAGCCUUUUUUUCCCCUUCUUUUAUUCACAUGAAAAGUAUUCCAUCUUUUGAAGGGAUGCAACCCAAAGGUUCCCCCUACAAAAAGUUUACAAUGUUACACAGACCACAGUUAUGAAUAGUAGAUUUUUCCCUGCAAGAGAUUUAUCUCUCCA